UCUCGUUUUGCGUAAUCCAAUCAUCCUGCACUACUGCGUCUCACACUUAGUCUCCAGGAGUAAUUGAAAAGCUCACGGUGACAAUUGUGUCUUCUUCCAGAUGUCAUCGCUAUAAGGAGUGGGGCUUUCAUCACCUCCUUGACGUAGGAUGUGUACAUGGCUCUCCAGGUCAGAGUUGCUCCAAGCAAGGUUGUUUUGCAGAAGCUUCUUCUAUGUGUCAUCCUGUUCUACACUGUGUACUACGUGUCCCUGAGCAUGGGCUGCGUGUUGUUUGAGGUGCAUGAGUUGGAUGUCCUGGCACCAUUUGAUUUCAAAACAAAUCCCUCAUGGCUCAACAUAAACUAUAAAGUUCUUUUAGUUUCAACAGAGGUCACCUACUUUGUUUGUGGAUUGCUUUUUGUUCCGGUUGUGGAAGAAUGGGUUUGGGAUUAUGCUAUUUCAGUAACUAUUCUUCAUGUUGUCAUCACUUCAACUGUUAUGUUGGAAUUCCCCUUGACAUCACAUUGGUGGGCUGCUUUAGUCAGCUACAAUCCAUCAAAUUAGUUGCAAACUGGAAGACUCCAGGAAGUGUCAAACACUGGCACACCUGGGAAGGGAUUGAUCCUUGAGCUGAUUCCGCC